GUUUGCUUCGGAAUUUACUCUUCCUUAUUUUUCGCUUAAUUUUGCAGUUAGUGAAAGGCUGUCUAUCUGAAAACAUGGGUUCCAACCUGCCCUAUGCCGCCGAUGCUGAAAGUCCGCUAAAGCCAGCCGAGCUCCAGGUCUUGCGGGCGCAGUACGAAAAGGAAGGUGACUAUGUCGGUAUUCAAACCAAGUUCAACUUUGCCUGGGGCCUGAUCAAAUCCAACGCCCGAACGGACCAACAGGAAGGAGUUCGCCUGCUAUCAGAGAUCUUCCGCGCUGCUCCCGAACGUCGACGGGAAUGCCUCUACUAUCUAGCCCUCGGUAACUACAAGCUCGGAAACUACGGGGAAGCCCGACGAUACAACGAUCUUCUGCUUGAAAAGGAGCCCGCCAACCUUCAGGCCGCCAGCCUCGGUACCCUGAUCGAUGAGAGAGUGUCUAAGGAAGGAUUGAUGGGGUUUGCGAUCGUGGGUGGACUUGCUCUCGCCGCGGGUUUGGUGGGAGGUAUGGUGUUCCGGGGCGCUAAGAGACGGUAAUAGUGUGUCUUCUCUUAGUGAACGGCUUUGUGCCUUGGGGAAGUCGGAAAUCUACACUGUGUAUAUAUGGUAGCUCUUUGUUGUUGCUCUUUUGUUGGUGGGAUGUUUCGCAUGCGAUGGCGUUGUAUUGUCCAUGAUCAUGCUGGUUUUUGUGAUUAUUACAUGAUUCUUUGAAUGGCCGGCAACGUAUGCUGUUUUUGUUAUUAUUUUCUAUAAUGAUAAUCGAAGGAGAGGGAAGGGAAGGGAAGGGAAGGGAAGAAAUUCCAAGAAACAGAAACUAUACAAAAUGGCCAAGUCACUUGAUUU